AUGGACUCAUUAAGUUCUAUACUCCAAGUAUUUAUUUGUCAAUUGUCAAGUGAGUUCUAUGUUGUCUACAGACGUGGAAAAGUGGAAAAAGCACUCUCCAUGAGCCUUCUGCUGUGCCAGGUAGGUGGGGAUCUGACAAAUUUUAUAGGCUGCUACCUGACUAACCAACUGCAUAUUCAGAUUUUUACAGCCCCCUUCUACAUGAACAUGGAUAGAAUCAUGCCCUUACAAUUUGCAUACUUUAAGUUAAAGAACCAGAAGAAAACGUUUAAGAUCGGUAACAGUUCAUUCUAA